CACAGCUGUGGAUAUUGUCUACAACGCGGACGCACUGUCAACAACUUAGCAAACGCUUUCAUUUAGUGUGUAUUAAAAACACAAAGGAAUAUAACAGAUGGGUUACGAGUGUUCCAGCUUUCUAGGAGAAACAUCGUCUGAACUACGUGACUUAGAAAGUUAUUUCGUCAAUUAACACACAUCAAACUCACGAAGAAGUUGGGUGCCCAUUGCAUGGUGCCUUGGUCGGAUAUUCCUGCUUUGCUCCGUUGGUCCGAGAGGAUUUAGGUCCAAGAUGUCUGUGAGCAACCACGAGAACAGGAAAUCCCGCUCUAGCUCUGGCUCCAUGAACAUCCAGUUGUUCCACAAGACGUCUCAUGCAGACAGCCUCCUGACCCAGCUCAACCUGCUCCGUAAGCGAAGAGUCUUCACUGACGUGGUCCUGAGGGCCGGGAACCAUGUCUUCCCUUGCCACCGCGCAGUGCUGGCCUCCUGCAGCCGCUACUUUGAGGCCAUGUUUAGCGGAGGCCUGAGGGAGAGCCGCGAUGCCGAGGUCAACUUCCACGACUCGCUGCACCCAGAGGUGCUGGAGCUGCUGUUAGACUACGCCUACUCGGCCCGCGUCAUCAUCAACGAGGAGAACGCAGAGUCCCUUCUGGAGGCCGGGGACAUGCUCCAGUUCCACGACAUCCGAGACGCCUGCUCUGAGUUCCUAGAGAAGAACCUGGCACCGUCCAACUGCCUGGGCAUGAUGCUGCUGUCGGACGCCCACCAAUGCCAGCGGCUCUACGAGCUCUCCUGGAGGAUGUGCCUGGCCAACUUCGCCACCCUCAACAGGACGGAGGACUUCCUUAAUCUCCCUAAAGACAAGGUCCAGGAGCUGGUGUUCAGCGAGGAGCUGGAGGUGGAGGAUGAGAGCCUGGUAUAUGAGGCUGUGAUAGACUGGGUGAAGGCGGACAUGGAGAGGAGGCUGGGCGACCUGCCGGAGCUGCUGCGCUGUGUGCGUCUGGCCCUGCUGCCUGAGACAUACCUGCUGAAGAACGUGGCCUCUGAGGAGCUGGUGAUGGGCCACAAAGUGGGCCGGGAGAUCGUGGAGGAUGCGGUGCGCUGUAAGAUGAGGAUCCUCCAGAACGACGGCAUUGUGACAGGGUUCUGCGCCCGGCCUAGGAAGGUCAGCCAGGCCCUUCUUCUCCUGGGAGGCCAGACCUUCAUGUGUGACAAGGUGUACAUGAUCGACAACAAGACCAAGGAGAUCACCCCCAAAACUGACAUCCCCAGCCCCCGUAAGGAGUGCAGCGCCUGUGCCAUCGGCUGCAAGGUCUACGUGACCGGGGGGAGGGGCUCAGAGAACGGGGCCUCCAAAGACAUGUGGGUCUAUGACACCCUGCAUGAUGAGUGGUCUAAAGCCGCACCCAUGCUGGUGGCCAGGUUCGGACACGGGACAGCUGAGCUUGACCACAUCCUGUACGUUGUAGGUGGACACACCUCUCUGGCCGGCUCCUUCCCAGCCUCUCCAUCAGUCUCUCUCAAACAGGUGGAGCAGUAUGACCCACAGACCAACAAGUGGACCCUUGUAGCUCCUCUCAGAGAGGGGGUUAGCAAUGCUGCAGUGGUGGGGGCCAAGAACAAGCUGUUUGUCUUCGGGGGCACCAGCGUCAACCGAGAUAAGUUUCCCAAGGUGCAGUGCUUCGACCCGGUCCAGAACAGGUGGACAGUGCCUGCUUCGUGCCCUCAGCUCUGGCGCUACACGGCGGCGGCUGUGGUAGGUAACCACGUCGUAGUGAUCGGUGGGGACACAGAGUUCUCGGCCAGCUCGGCCUACCGCUUCAACAGUGAGACGUACCAGUGGUCCAAGUUCGGGGACGUGAUGGCCAAGAGGAUCAGCUGUCACGCAGUGGCGUCGGGGAACCGGCUUUACGUUGUGGGGGGCUACUUUGGUGCUCAGAGGUGCAAGACCCUGGACUGUUACGACCCUUCUAAAGACUCGUGGGAUAGCGUGACCAGUGUGCCCUACUCGCUGAUCCCCACAGCUUUCGUCAGCACCUGGAAGUAUCUCUCAGCAUAGUGACGGGGCAACAGGAAGAAGUGGCUGUUAGGAUCACUGAUCAGUGUCUGGAACGCAGGCUUGUCUCCCUUCGGUGGCCGUGGAAUGGAGUGGAGGUGUGAGGAGGGGUUGUCAACCCUCCCCUCCAGCCUUGCAGUCAGAAGAGAGCGGUAGCGUGUCUAAACUGGGCCUAAGGUCGGGUGACGAGAGGACAGGGUGGUCGUGGAGACGAGAGGACAGGGUGGUCGUGGAGACGAGAGGACAGGGUGGUCGUGGAGACGAGAGGACAGGGUGGUCGUGGAGACGAGAGGACAGGGUGGUCGUGGAGACUAGAGGCCUGUCCCUCCCCAGCCCACAUCUGAUGUUUCCUCUGCUGGGUAACUCUCCAUGAAGCUACUGGCCUGAGCUGCACCAGACCGCCGUACACUAGACUAGCUACUGUAAAAGGAGCCGCCAUGUUGGUUCUCCUGCUCUGACAGAGAAGGGCAUGGGUCUGGCCCACAGGGCUCCUCCAACACUGGGUUACUGACUGUGUUCCUCAGGUGUCAUUUUAAUGAACUAGUGACAAACUGAAGGAGGCCUUGCCCAAGUUAGUUGGGAGGGAGUUCAUUUUGGGAAGUGAAGUGUAUGAUUUUGUGCAUAGAACAAUCUCCCUGUUUAUUUUUAGACUUGGACUCGAACUUCCUUCAAUUUUGGUCAACUAAAUGUGUGUCCUCUUUCUCAACUUAAAACACACUGCAAGGAAUGAGACUCAUUGCUGAAGACACAAAUCACAAUUUGAUUAAAUGUAUGUUGUUGAAAAUGUCUGUUUUUGUAUGUUUCGUGUCUCAGAGUUUAUGCAAUUAUUACUUUUUUGGAUAGUUUGGAUGUCCCCAUGUUGCAACCUUUUUAGUGUCUUCGGUUCUGUUUGUCCCUGGAAGUGGCCUGAAAGAGGAUGUGUGGUUGAUUUUAAUGUAAACUGAGCUCUGUGAAUGUACAGACUGUCUCACUAACAGGACAUUCACAGGAUGGCUCGAACGCAAGAAGAUCCAUUUAGGAUCCGUCUUAAAGUUUAAACUCAUAGCUACCUGAGGAUGUCUUCACAACAAUGCUUUGCCAAGUUGUCUUCACAUUCAUGUGUCUACUGAAACAUCUCUUUUGUAAAAGUGCCCCUUUUAUCAUGACUCAGAUCAAAGUAUUCUUCUUCUUGCAGGACAAUAACAGUUUGGCCUGUUGAGGUUUUUGAACAGUCUGUAUGAUUUGCAAAAAUAAUUUCGUCUUAAUUUUAUAUGUAGCAAACAUUCAUAUUUACAUUUGAGUCAUUUAGCAGAUGCUCUUAUCCAGAGCGACUUACAGGAGCAAUUAGGGUUAAG